AUGCCAAGUAACCACCAAACACUCGAUCUUAGACUUUUUUUAAGUUGCUGUAGGUACUACGAGACUGGAUCCAUCCGUCCGAGGGCCAUCGGCGGUUCCAAACCACGAGUGGCCACUGCAGAAGUCGUCAACAGGAUAUCUCAGUACAAGAGGGAGUGCCCGUCCAUCUUCGCAUGGGAGAUCCGAGACAGGCUUCUUGCCGAAGGUGUAUGCUCAAACGACAACAUCCCCAGCGUGAGUACACUUUACCCUUUUAUAGUUUCAGACAAAUAG